AGGCGUGGUUCAUAAUUUUAGCCCCUCCCACAGUGAAUGAUGUCUUUCUUUAGCUACCCUCCAGAGGGCAUGGGUUUCCCUUUCGCUCUAGGAGGAGGUCGUGGUACAUUCUGUGAUAAUUUCAAAUGUUAUUCAAUGGUGUACUUCAGUAGUGCAAAGGUAGAUGCUGAUCAUGGAGGAAAAAUAAUUUUACCACCUUCAGCUCUUGAGAGACUUGCUCGUCUUAAUAUUACAUACCCGAUGCUGUUUCGUUUGACUAACGAUAUGAUUAACCGCCACACCCACUGUGGGGUGCUGGAGUUUAGCGCUGAAGAAGGAAGAGUGUAUGUACCAAAAUGGAUGUUAGGCCAUUUAAUGGCUGAGGCUGGUCAUUUACUCAAGAUUGAAAACGUUACUCUUCCUCUGGCUACAUUCUCUAAAUUUCAACCACAAUCCGUUGACUUUCUUGACAUAUCCAACCCAAAGGCAGUUUUAGAGCUAAAGCUUAGAUUAUUUGCUUGUCUCACGAAAGGUGACGUCAUUCAGAUUAAUUACAAUGAGAAAAAUUAUGAGCUACUGGUACUUGAAACUCAGCCAAAUAAUGCAGUCUCGAUCAUUGAAUGUGACAUGAAAGUUGAUUUUGCUGCUCCUGUUGGUUAUAAAGAGCCUCAACCAGUUGAACCAAUGGAAACUGUUGAUCAUGAUGAACAAUCCACUUACGAUGCUACUACUACUGAACUUCCUACUAAGGAAUUCAAGGCAUUUAGUGGUCAGGGUCAGAGAUUAGAUGGUAAAGUGAAGAAAUCCAAUGACUCAAAUCAGACACAGCUACCACAAAAACAACAAGUCACUCAAUCAAAAAGAGAGAGAGGUAUUCCUAAUUAUAACUAUGUCAAAGGAAGGAUAACCUUUGCUAGAGCAAAGUCAUUAAAGAUGACAUCAGAGGAAGCAAUGGAAGAGACUGAAGAAGGAUUUGUGCCUUUUCAAGGCAACGGGCAGGCACUGAGAAAAAAGAAAAGAUCAAAAAAAUAAUUCAAAUACAGAGAUAUUAUUAUUAUUAAUUGUCAUCUAUUUGUUAUUUCGUGUAAAAACAUCUUUAAAAAUA